AUGGCGAGAAUGCCUGCCAGCGGAGACACGGAGCAGGAGCAGAUGAGCUGCCCCGAGAGAAGAAGGGAUGAGGAUAAUGAGGAGGACGAAGAAGAUGAGAUCCAGGAGAUCCAGAUCACCGGGGAGGAGGAGGACGAGGAGUCCGAUAGAGAUGGUGUGGAGCUGGAGUGGGAGUCAGAAAACACAGUGCUGGACUCCAGCGGUUCCGCCGUGGAGACACAAGCGGUCGUUAUGCGGAGUAUGGACCGAGGAGAGGAGGAGGAAGAGGCGGACCGCUUCAGCAGUAGCAUCCCCGCUGGGCUGGAGUCUCACCUGGAGGGAGACCUUCAGCGGUCAGAGCGGAACAGACUGAGCGAGAACACCCGCCUGGCCACCCGUUAUGCGGUGAGGAUCUUCAGGGAGUACCUCAAUGAGAAGGACCAAAGUCCAGACUUUGAAACUCUGGACAAGGAGGCGCUCUGCGCGGUGCUGCGCUCCUUUUACGCGGAGGCGCGCUCCAAAAGUGGACAGUUGUACAGCAAGUCAUCCCUCAUCAGCAUCCGGAGCUCACUGAACCGGUACCUGAACGAGCCGCCCUACUGCCGCACCUUGGACCUCACCAAGGACCCAGAGCUGCGCAGCGCCAACCUCACCCUGGCAGCAGUCAUUCGGAGGCUGGAGGAGCAAGGCGCCGGUCCCGUGGUGCAGAAGCAAGCCAUCACGCGCUCGGACCUGCGGAAACUAUACGAGUCCUCUGUAUUCAACACAGACACGCCGUUCGGGCUGCUCAACAAAGUCUGGUUCGAGACAUGUAUGUAUUUCUGCACCAGGGGUCGGGAGAACCAGCGGGAGCUGGAGGAGGACUCUUUCGGCCUGGCUGUGGAUGAGGACGGGAGAAAGUUUGUUUAUUUUAAAGCUCUCGGACCGUACCACAAGUCUCGCUCCGCCGCCUGGACCAAAAAGCGUCCGGACGCCGACGAGGACACCUUGCCGCGGAUGUAUGAGACGGACACGGAGCAGUGUCCGUAUGCCAGCUUCGUCCGGUACGUGUCUAAACGGAACCCGCUGUGCAGGGCGUUCUUCCAGCGGCCCCGGGACCACUGCUGCGCGAGCGACGUGACGUGGUACGAGAACAAAGCCAUCGGUAAGAACCUGUUGGGCACGAGGAUGCAGAUGUUGUCGCGUGCUGCCAAGCUCUCCAAGACCUACACCAACCACUGCAUCGGUGCCGUCUCCAUAGCAACGCUCAACAGCAUCGUGGGCGCCGCGGGCUCCAGGCCAACGACGACGCUUUACGUUGCCUCGGAAACGGUCAACGGUCACGCGCAGUCUCACCUCCAGCUCGUGAUUCCGUACCUCCGCCGGGUAACAGACGCUGCGGAUGUGAAGCCGCACCGGACAACGACAACAACGGCAGCAACAAUCAACACAUCAACAACAGCAGCUGCCAGUAGAGCCAGCGCGGAGGAGGACCCGGAGGCUCCGUACGCCAAGAAGCUGUGCGUGCGCCCCGGGACGGAGUCGCCUGUGGAGCGGAACGAGAGCGAGCCGGAGCCUGCGAGAGCCAAGGAGUCCCAUAUUCAUACACAGCCCGCCGUCCGGUCCCCGGUCGCUGUGCCCACGCAGGAUAGCCGUGGCAGCUGCAGCAGUAUGUCGAGUCAGCAGCUCGUCUCUGUGUCUCCUCUGGGCUCCGCCGGCAUUCCCACACCAGCCAAGCUCACCAAAACCAACGCACCUGUCCACAUUGAUGUAGGAGGACAUAUGUACACCAGCAGCCUGGCCACCCUCACCAAGUACCCUGAGUCACGGAUUGGUCGUCUGUUUGAUGGAACGGAGCCCAUAGUGUUGGAUAGUCUAAAGCAGCACUACUUUAUCGAUCGAGACGGCCCCAUGUUCCGCUACAUACUUAACUUCCUCCGGACCUCAAAACUCCUCGUCCCUGAUGACUUCAAAGUGAGUGUCUGUCUAGAGCUUUGA